AUGUCGGGAAGAGAAGAUAGCGACUCCGAUGCUCCGGAGGAAUUCGGCGCUGAACAGGCAAUACAAAAGGACGAAGAGAUAAGAACGAUUCAGAAAGAAAAUAAGGCGAGGGUUUUGCGUGAACGAAAAGAACGACGUAAAACAUGGGCUCAAAAGUUAACACCAUGUGUCAAUAAAAGCAUCCAAGAUGCUGUAGAGGAAAUCGAAACACAACCAGAUAAUAAAGAAAUGCUCCCAGAUGAUAUCGUCAAAUUGCUUGCUGCUAAUGAGAACCUUAACAUAUAUGUUCUCUGUUACAAGAAAGUUUUCUCCUCAGACUCGGAUGAAGAGAAAUCUGAGAGAAGACCAAGAAAGAAGAAAUCCAAACACUCAGGCAAUGCUAAUAUGCAUAUAUACAAAAUGGAACCAGUUAUUCUGAAGGAAAUACCGCCUCCUUUUUGCUUACAGAAUUCAUUGGACUUCUUGAAGAAACGAAAAAUGGCGGUUCCGAGAUCAUCCACGAUUUUGGACAACUCGAUUCAAGCGUUGCGCCUUCUUUCGGCAUCGGGUUUGUUAGGUAAGAAAUGA